CGCAGUCCUUAGCUUGUCGGGGACAGGAAACCUUCGAGACCGAGCUGCCACUGCCGCCUCCCCGUCUGCCCCCCAUUCCGCGCGCCUGCCACACCCUCCCCCCCUUCUUCCAGCAUCUUUCGGUGGAGCACUGCAGGGACUCGGCCCGAGGUGCCGUCUCCCCCUCUCGGGGGAAAGCUGUGACCCCCCCCGCAGGAGCGGCGGGGCGGGGUUGGGGGGGCCCGGGAGAAGAUGGCGACGCCGGGAAGCGAACCCCAACCUUUCGUGCCUGCCCUCUCAGUGGCUACUCUGCACCCACAUCAUCAUCCCCACCACCACCACCAUCAGCACCACGGAGGAACCGGGGCCGGCGGCGGGGCUGGGGGAGGCGGCGGCGGCGGCGGCGGCAGCGGGGGCUUCAACCUGCCCUUGAACCGGGGGCUGGAGCGCGCGCUGGAGGAAGCGGCCAACUCCGGGGGGUUGAACCUCAGCGCCAGGAAACUGAAGGAAUUUCCCAGGACCGCGGCCCCCGGGCACGACCUUUCGGACACGGUGCAGGCAGAUUUAUCUAAAAAUAGACUGGUUGAAGUCCCAAUGGAAUUGUGCCAUUUUGUAUCACUGGAAAUUCUUAAUCUGUAUCAUAAUUGUAUCAGAGUCAUUCCUGAGGCCAUCAUUAAUCUGCAGAUGCUGACUUACUUAAACUUGAGUAGAAAUCAGCUGUCCGCCCUGCCCGCCUGCCUGUGUGGUCUGCCUCUCAAAGUCUUAAUUGCAAGUAACAACAAACUUGGAUCGCUGCCAGAAGAGAUAGGGCAGCUCAAACAGUUAAUGGAGUUGGAUGUCAGCUGCAACGAGAUCACAGCCUUGCCCCAGCAGAUAGGUCAGCUGAAAUCUCUCCGAGAACUGAAUGUCAGAAGAAAUUACCUUAAAGUUUUACCACAAGAGCUAGUAGAUCUUCCCCUGGUAAAGUUUGACUUUUCCUGCAAUAAAGUGCUCGUGAUUCCCAUUUGUUUUAGAGAGAUGAAGCAGCUGCAAGUAUUACUGCUUGAGAAUAACCCUUUGCAGUCUCCUCCAGCACAGAUUUGCACCAAGGGCAAAGUGCACAUAUUCAAGUAUCUGAGCAUACAAGCAUGCCAGAUUAAGACAACUGACUCCCUUUACCUCCACACGAUGGAGAGGCCACAUUUACAGCAGCACGUGGAAGACGGCAAGAAGGAUUCUGAUUCGGGCGUUGGAAGUGAUAAUGGAGACAAGCGAUUGUCUGCCACAGAGCCUUCUGAUGAAGACACUGUUAGUCUCAACGUGCCAAUGUCAAACAUCAUGGAAGAAGAACAGAUCAUCAAGGAGGACCCGUGCCAUCGCCUCAGCCCAGUUAAAGGGGAAUUUCAUCAGGAAUUUCAACCGGACCCUUCCCUUUUGGGUGACAAUGACAACUCAGGAGAAGAAAGAGACCAAUUUACUGAUGGAACAGAUGUUCUCCAUCCGGAAUUUAUAAACUAUAUUAAGGGUAGGGCAGAAGACUGUGAAGAACUGUUACGGAUAGAAGAGGACGCGCACUGGCCACCUGAGGGAAUAAUAAGUUCAUCCAAAGACCAGGACAUGGAUAUAGCGAUGAUUGAACAGCUGAGAGAAGCUGUAGAUUUGCUGCAAGAUCCCAACAGAUUAAGCACAGAUGUUACACAGAGAAGUGUUGUAAACUUUUAUCCUGUGGAAUCAGCAGAAGCCUUAGAAUUACAAGAUUCUGCACUAAACGGUCAAAUACAGCUGGAAACAUCUCCGGUGAGUGAGGUGCAAAAUGAUCUAACAUUACAGAGUAAUGGGAGCGAGUAUUCUCCAAAUGAGAUUAGAGAGAACUCCCCUGCAAUCUCUCCCACCACCAACAGCACAGCUCCAUUUGGCCUGAAGCCUCGAUCAGACCCCGCCCUCACUCUUCCUCCUAUCUCCUUCAACAAACUUACACAGGCACAAACAUGGGACAACUCUAGCUACAGUGUUCCAUCUGAAGGAGACAGUGACAAUGUGUUUCUAAGACCUCAGAGAAAUUUGGAAUCUAUAGACCCACAGUUUACAAUUCGGAGGAAAAUGGAACAGAUGAGAGAAGAGAAAGAGCUGGUGGAGCAACUCCGUGAGAGCAUCGAGAUGAGACUCAAGGUGAGCCUGCACGAAGACCUGGGAGCUGCGCUCAUGGAUGGCGUCGUUCUCUGCCAUCUGGUCAAUCACAUCCGCCCUCGAUCCGUUGCAAGCAUCCAUGUCCCCUCACCAGCAGUUCCCAAACUUAGCAUGGCCAAAUGCAGAAGAAAUGUGGAAAAUUUUUUGGAAGCAUGCCGAAAAUUAGGAGUACCACAGGACAAGCUGUGUCUACCCCAUCAUAUCCUUGAAGAGAAGGGCCUGGUCAAAGUGGGCAUUACUGUUCAAGCAUUGCUAGACAUAACUGUAACAAAGGCUCUGUUCACAUGAAACCAGCUCCUCUCCUUUGGGUCAGCUCAAACUCUUCUCCCGUCAGAGAUCCUGAACUCUGCUCUCCGCAUCUGUCCCCUCCAGCCUCCCACUCACUGCCUGUCAGUUCCCCGACUCUAGUUGAAUUGAAGAGAGGACAUAAGAGAUUUUCUACCUUUCAAAACUGACUUCUGACGUUAAGUGACAGGUAUUGAUCUUAAAACCAGUGAGGGAGCUGGUUAUGAAGAACUGAACAGCACAUCAAUGCCUUGUACAACCUCCCUCAUCCCUUCCACGCUCACCCACUGCCAUUACCAAACACCAAGCACAACUGUUUUGCAGCAAGAUGCAUUUGUUUUAUUAAAACCAAACUCAUUGUGUAUUUAGUGGGGGGAGGGGGACUCAAUCAGGUUUUUCACCACCAAAUUUUUCAAGAAGUUUCUUGAGACCAUUGCCUUUUAAAAAACUAUUUUCGACAUACAAAAUAUUUAUAUAAAUAUUAUUUAUUAGUGAGUUGUUAUUCAUCCUUUGGAUGCAAAUUGUAAAUUAGGAAACUAUUUUAUUACUGCUUUUUUGUGGUUAAACACUUUAUUUUAAUAUUAUAAAUAUUGAGUUAUUUUCUAUCCUCUUUGGUGUGCAAGUAGUUCUAGGUCUCAGUAAUCACAUUUUCUGGUGUAUAUGACUCAGAAAAAAAAAUUUAAGCAAAAAACAGGUGCUUCUGUGACAAGAACUGUUUUCUGGGGAGGUGUUAUUUACACUUUGGUUUAUGGGACAUUGGUCUUAUUUAUAUUUCUGCAUUCCAUCCAGUUUCCUACAUUCCAUCAGCCCUGUUGUCCUCUGAUAUAAUGAACUGACUGAAUUCAAGUGAGCACCCCAAAGUUAUUUGUAAAUAGCUGUGAUGGAAAAAAAAAGACAUAUUAAACUUGAAGAUAAAAUGUGAA